AUGGGUUCCCAGAAAGGCGAUUCGCAAGCCGACAGUUCCUACAUCCAGGCCCAGGCUGGCGGAUCACACGCUGGCAAUUCCCAGGCCGGCGGCUCCCAGCCUGGCUCCUCUUUCGGUGCGGGCGCACCACGCAGACAAUUCCGUCCCAUGGACGCCAUUGUCGUCAACCGUGUCGCUCUAACGGAGGAGGAGAAGGCAGCUCGGAAAGCCCGCGGCUUUUCGGAGAAUUACAUGGGCGACUACACGAAUGAGAACAAUAUGUCGGCCGACAUCCCAGACGAGCUGAAUUGCUCGCUUUACAUCACGGGCCUCCCUCUUGAUGUAACUGUCAGAGACAUCUUUGACGACAUCCGGGACAUUGGAAAGGUGUUUUCGCUCCACGUCUCUCCUCGAAGAGAGAGCAAUACAAAGCGCGCGGCUGCCGUCGUGUUCUUUACCAGGAUCGCUGCGGAGCGAUUUUACAAUCGUUUUGCGACUCGCGAUAACCCGGCCGUCCGCUGGGGCGGUACUGUUCCUAAUCCUGGCCGCAUUCUUGGUCGUCUCCCGGUGAACGUGGUUUGGAACCAGGUCAAGGUUCCGCCCUGCACCAACCGAGAGCACGUAACUCGUGUGAUUCAAGUCGAAGGACCCUCCGAGAUCGUGAACGAGGAGUUCCUCCUUGCUUAUUUCCGUACGAAGUGCCGCUUCGAUAUGGAAAAGAUCUUGGUUCUCUGGGAAGGCUACCGAUAUGCCAAACCGCGUAACGGCCAGCUUCCCGCCAUUACCAGUCCCGUUCCCGCUGCGCCGCCUGCUUCUGCCCCAGCGAGGCGCCAGGGUCGAGCCCUGACAUCGAACAACUGGCGUGAACGUGCCCAGCCAGUUACCGCCGGGGAACCACAAGAUGCUCAGGCAAAUGCUGCCGCUCCUACCGAACAGAAACAGGAGCAGAAACAGGGAGAACAGCAUUACCGGAUCAUGGAGUUCUAUUUCGGAACCGUCAAGGGCCAGGCACUAGCCUGUCGGAUGUCCCUGGAUUGGGAAUUCAAGGAGAGAGGAGUGUUGUGCCGCUAUGGCACUGACCCUUGCGGUCCUUAG